AACUGCACAGAUACACGGGUGCAGUACUCCAGUUCCGCGGCGUAAUGUUAUAAAUAAGGUUUUCCCGUCCGCGGAUUGCCAUUCGGGCAAGUGCCGCAAGUGUUCGUGUGAAUCGCGAAAGUGCUUUUGAGUUGAUAUAAUUUUUAUUGGAACCAGUGACUUUAAAUCAGAUAAAAUAUGGCUGCACCCAAAAACGCCGAGGAAGCAUUCCAUCUUAUAAACAGAUUCACUUCGCUCAACGGGAUGGACAAGCAAACUACAAAGAAUUACGAAACCGUUAAGAAAUAUAUCAUUGACGAAAUGUGCAAACAAGAUAAAGUUUUUAAUUACUUGGCUAAUCGCCACAACUUAGCGGGAAGCUACGCGGACAAUUUAAAGAUUACUUCGCCUAAUGAAUUCGACUUGCUCAUUGAAAUCAAAUUAACGAAAUUCUUCGUUACUGCUAGGAUAGAAAGUGACACACAGAAACCAGGGAACGUUAAAAUUAACAUAUCUGAAAUACUGAAAAAAUGUUUGGAAAACGAUAACACCAAGUUUGUUUGGGAGAGACUUAAAAAGCUUAAGGAUGACAACGACUAUUUACUCCAGGAUAAAUUCCAGUCCUGGGUUCAAGGCAUUUUAUCAAAAAUUAAUUUACAUAACUCUUACUUUGAGUCUCAGGGCAGAAGUUUCAGGCUAAAAUAUACGAUUUCCGGCCCUGCGCAUACAUGUCAUGUAACGACUGAACCACUAUCGUUCAGUAUGGACCUAGUUCCAGCGGUUAUUUGCAAGAGCGAUCAAUGGCGUGCUAAACGAAAUUACCCUAAAGAACACACUUCUCUUUACUGGCAUGCUAUACCAAAACCCAUAAAGGAAAAAGCGGGCCAAAGCAAUAUAUCGUGGCAAGGAUCGUAUGCUGAUUUCGAGCGAACGAUAAUCGGCAACAAAAACAAUUUGAAGAAUACAUGUCGAAUACUGAAAAAGCUGCGAGAUAGACAAAAUUAUAACCAUUUUAAAAGUUACUUUAUCAAGACAAUGUAUUUAUGGGAGUGCGACAUGCAGCCUCCGGAGUUCUGGAAUCGGCCAGUUUCUGAGCUAGUCAUCCAUAUGAUAGAGCGAUGGAUUGAUUAUCUAGCAGAGGAACGCUUACCUUUCUAUUGGGACAAAGAUUGUAACCUUCUGGAACGAGGAAGUUGGGGAACAAUGUGCUGUCAACUCAAACAAGUCCUCAAACGUUUGAAGGGAUAUUAUGAAUCUGAACCAGGGAAAAUAUUGAAUAUUUUCCUUGACGAUGACGAAAUUAGUAAACUGAACAGCAGCGCGCCAAUCAGUGUUGUUCAAAGCGAACAGGAAGAAGUGAAAAGUAAUUCGAUUGUGGAAUGGAUUGUUCGAGGAAUUUUGGGCUUAUUUUUAUCGAAAGAUAACUCCAACGCGUAGUUGCAGCGUCAUUAUAUAAACAUACAUUUUUAGUGGUGAGCCGCGUUCUUCGCUAGAUUAUUUACCAUCGUAGAUGAAUACCUUCUACAAAUAUAUUUUAGAGUUUUUAUACAGUCAA